GGCUGUAGAGCGCAUCUACUCUGAUACAAACAUCCUACAAACAGGUGUGGAGAAGGUGGACAUUUCCUCGCACCCCAGUAUGUCUGGAGCAUGUGAUCUACAUGAUGUGGAGAAGGCAAAAGAGGAAAAAUCAGACCCAUUCAGUAUGUGGAGUGGGACAGAUUUUGCAAAGCCAGGUUUGCAAAGCUUAGAAGAGUUCAAUAUCCGUUUUAGCAGAUACGUCAAUCGAACCCGAACCUUUAACCAAAGUAGCACUUCACUUGGGAAGCAACUGGAAAGUCUGCGGCAGGUCAGAGAGCUUGCGGGUCUCGAGGAUGUAUUUACUGAACAAAUUCAGCAGAACCAGCAGAGAAUCUGGGACCUGCACAAUGAGCUUAACCAUCUAGAACAGGAGCUGAAGGACGCACAGCGGGCUUUGGAUGACUAUCGCACCAAAUACAGGACUGAAUGUGAACAUCAUGAAAAGCUGCAGGAUGGUGUUGUAAACCUAAUUAAGGAUACAAAUGAAGCUUUACUAAAGAAUCUGGAACUCCAGGUCCGUACUCAGUUCCUGAAGGAAGAUAUUGACUCUACUAAAGAAAGAAACAUGAAGAACCUAGCUGAGAUUCAGAGCUACAUGAAUGUCCUGAAGCAAGUCCACCACCCCACAAGUUAUGAUUCACCAGCCUCUGAGGGUGCAAUGCAAGAGCAGGGAACCAGGAGCAUGGAGGGGCAUUAUUUGGAUCAGAUGCAGUCAUACAAUGAGCAAAUUGAAGAUCUGAGGAAGAAGACAGAAGAAGCUGAGACAAGUUUGGAAAUGUGCGCCAAUGAGUGUCGACAAGUUGUUAUGUAUCAACAAUCGUUGGAAAAUGAGCUGGAACGCUACAAACAGUUUAUUGCUGAUGAAGAUUACCAAUUGGAAUCCACAAGCCCUUUCACAACAAGUUCUCAAUACAAGUUUGGACAAGAUUUUCCAGAGGGCAAAGGUGCCAGUGAAGAGGAAAAGGUGCUGGAAGAGUAUUCAGAAACCUUUGUCCAAACUGGAAAUGUGGAAGAUAAGGAGGAUAAGGAGGGAGUCUGGGAUGUAGCCCUGGAUGAUGUACCAGAUGGAGCACAGAUAAGUAGGGUUUAUGAUGCAUUGUGUAACAUAGUGAGAGAGAGAAUGAAAAAGUACAAGAAACCAGAAGUUCCUGCAGCAGAGUUUUAUGCCAAAGGGCACCGUGUGUUGGUUACAGGUGAAGCCAGUUAUACGGAUCCAUUCUUCUGUGCCUCAGUUCCUGCGAGAAGUCAAGUUACCGUAACUUUUGAUGAUGAUCACCAUCUAGGUGACAUGGACGUUCAUCCCGAACCAGGUCCACCUACACCAUUAAGAGACAAUGGAGACGGUGAUGGAGAAAAUGGAUUUGAGUCCACUACUGAGGAAGAUGAAGAUAAGCAUGAAGAUAAAAAAAAGCAAGAUGAUGAAAUAUCAGAUGCUAACAGAGAGCCCAAAAAACAACCACUUUCACCACCAGCACCAGCCCCAAUUUCACCACAACCAAUGCCAGAACCCUCAGAUAAUAAGCCAGCACCUUUCAGUGGACCAUCUGAGCCACACCCUGAUCUGAGUGCCCCUGAAGACUUGGGAUCUAAAUUUAAUAACAGUCACAAAGAACAGAAAGAUGGUGCGGAACAAACCAGGAUUACCAUACCAGCACAGCCACUGCCAUCAGAUAAGAAGCAACAAAAGGAACCGAAGUAUAAAUACUAUGAAAAAAUAGAAGUGAUUGAAGCAGUUGAGACAUUUACAGACAAUAAACUGCAAGGUUAUGAAGAAACCUCCACAAUUGUUGAAACCACAGUAGAAAAGACAAAUCAGGAUAGGAAAGCAAAGAAACUUUAAAUUAUUUGUAUUAAAAUAAGUAUGUUUUUAUAAAUUGUAAUUUGCAGAUCGAAGCUAAAAACUGUAAUUUUAUAACAAAAAACUUUAAAUUGUUCUUAAAAAUUAAGUUGGUACUAGCACCAAAAGGUAGAUUAGCAGUUAACAACUUUUGUGUGCUAUUGAUGAAAAUGACUGAUUUUUGAUAUUUUUCUUAGAAAAUAUUAAGAAAUAUAGAGACAAUAUAGAAUCUUGUUUCAUGUUGUAAUUCACAUUUAGUUCCUUAAGGAAUUCAAGUUCACUUUAAUAAGAUAAAUACGGAUUUAUAUUAACAGAACUUUUCUAGGAAUACUUAAGAACAAUUAAAGGGCUUAAUGUAAUUGGUCAAGUGUGCAGUGUAAUGAUAGAAACAUUUUAGAAAGUUUAAUUGGUUUAUGUGUUUUAAAUAUCCUGAAUGAAAUUAUCAAUGAAUUUCUGCCAGUGAUCAAUGUGUUCUGUAAAACAAAACAUAAUAAAUCAAACCGG